AUGGCUCUGAAAAAUCACACCAGGGUGACUGAAUUUAUUUUUCAAGGAUUGACCCAGUCCCGAGAGCUGAGCUUGCUCUUAUUUUUCUUUUUAUCUGUGGUUUACACAACAACUGUGUUAGCAAAUGUAGCCAUCAUGGUCACUGUGACCUGGGAGUCCCGCCUUCACACCCCCAUGUACUUCCUGCUCCGCAAUCUCUCUGUCUUGGACAUCUGCUUCUCCUCCAUCACGGCUCCUAAGGUCUUGGUGGACCUUCUGUCAAGGAGAAAGGCCAUCUCCUUCAAUGGGUGCAUCACCCAGAUGUUCUUCUUCCACCUCCUGGGUGGGGCAGACAUUUUCUCCCUCUCUGUCAUGGCGUUUGACCGCUACAUGGCCAUCUCCAAGCCCCUGCACUACGUGACCAUCAUGAGUCRGGGGAGAUGCACGGCCCUCAUCGUGGCCUCCUGGGUGGGGGGCUUCGUCCACUCCAUCGUGCAGAUCUCCCUCUUGCUCCCGCUGCCCUUCUGUGGACCCAAUGUUGUUGAUGGCUUCUACUGUGACGUCCCCCAGGUCCUCAAACUMGCCUGCACUGAGACUUUUGUUCUGGAGCUCCUGAUGAUUUCCAACAAUGGCCUGGUCACUACCUUGUGGUUUGUCCUUCUCCUUGUGUCCUACACAGUCAUCCUGACCAUGCUGAGGUCACACACUGGAGAGGGCAGGAGGAAAGCCAUCUCCACUUGCACGGCCCACAUCACUGUGGUGACCCUGCAUUUUGUGCCCUGCAUCUACGUCUACGCCCGACCCUUCACCGCCCUCCCCAUGGACAGAGCUGUCUCCAUCACCUUCACUGUCGUCAUCCCUGUCCUGAACCCCAUGAUCUACACCCUGAGGAACCAGGAGAUGAAGUCAGCCAUGAGGAGACUGAAGAAAAGACUCUUGCUCUCUGGUUGCAGACCAAGGUGGGUGUAA